AAGCUGCUGGGAUUGGCUCUGGUGGGAAUUACCCUUGGAUUCGGUGCCUCGUUGGGGAGGGAUCCCGGCGGGAUUCCCGAGGGAUCCCUGGUGAGACAAUUCCUGCAGCAGGCUCGGAGCCCGCCCGGAGAUGGACAAUAGGUCUGGGUCCCUGAGCCGCCAGGCCAUGGAGGAUGAGGCGGGAUCCCCACAGGAAGGAGAACAGGGACGGAUCCUGGAUCCUGCCAGAGAACAAAGGAUGAGACCAGAUCCCAGAUUCCGGGGAGGGGGAUGGAGCUGGAUCCUGGCUCCUGGUGGAUGGAGCUGGAUCCUGGCUCCUGGUGGAUGCAGGACAGUGUUGGAUUCCCUGUCCCAGCAGGGGAUGGGGGACAGCGUCAGAGCCCAAAUCCUGCCAGUGAAUCCCAGCGCCGUAGUUUGGGUGAGUUUGGGGUAAAAGCACCGAGCUUCGAGUUUAUCCUGUGGCCCCCUGGAGCAUCCCCAGGAUCCUGGUGAUCCUCACCAGGCAGGAAUUUCCCGAACCCGUGGAUUUCCCCCGGCAGGAGCAGCCAGGGGGUCCCUGCACCCGAGUGGCCCAUUCAGUUAUGGAGCUUCUGAAGCACCCAAAAUCGUGUGAUUUUCCCCUAAAAUGCUGGUACUCCCGGGAUUGCUGGAAUGCCCCAGGGCGGGGAGUGGUUUAUUCACGGUGAUUUACAGGUUGAUUGUGGUCAUUGACGCCAAGGCCAAAAUGCGUCCCGUUUAACUGGACUGUCCCUGGACUCUCACCUUCUCCUGGGAAGGGGUCAGCGCAGAAACCCGCAGGAUCCCUGCUGACCACUCGGGUGGCCUGAGGAAGUGACACCGAGCAAGUGGAGCUAUGUCCAGGCCCGAAGCAGGAGGCUGGGAGCACUGGGAGAGCAGCAGGGUGUCCGGCCCCACACCAGCAGGAGCAGUGUCCGAAUCAGCCCCACGGCAGCCCUGGAGCCCCGGGGACAUCAGGAGCGUCUGGAGCGGGGAUCCCGAGAGGCGCCCAGCGGCGAGCAGCGCUGCUGCCAGAGGUGGCCCCCAUCCCCACCCCCGAGCCACAGCGGAGGCUCCUCGCUCUGGAGGCACGAGAAGCCUGUGCUAUCCCACCCCACGCGGCCCUGGGAGCACUGGGAGCACUGGGAGCACUGGGAGCACUGGGAGCACUGGGAGCACUGGGAUCCCCAUCCCGCUGCCUCGCGCGGGACCCGCGGACCAGUUCCACAUGUGGCGGGACUACCUUGGGCUGGCGGCCAUGAUGACCACGCUUCCCCCGGCCCUGAGCUCCGGACCGGCUCCAUGUGCAAGACCGGCUCCAUGUGCAAGACCGGCUCCAUGUGCAAGACCGGCUCCGAGCUCCGGACCGGCUCCGAGUUCCGGACCGGCUCCAUGUGCAAGACCGGCUCCGAGCUCCGGACCGGCUCCAUGUGCAAGACCGGCUCCAUGUGCAGGACCGGCUCCAUGUGCAAGACCGGCUCCGAGCUCCGGACCGGCUCCGAGCUCCGGACCGGCUCCAUGUGCAGGACCGGCUCCAUGUGCAGGACCGGCUCCGAGCUCCGGACCGGCUCCGAGCUCCAGACUGGCUCUGAGCUCCGGACCGGCUCCGAGUUCUGGACCGGCUCCGAGCUCCAGACCGGCUCCAUGUGCAAGACUGGCUCCGAGUUCCGGACCGGCUCCGAGCUCCGGACCGGCUCUGAGUUCCAGACAGUCUCCGAGCUCCGGACCGGCUCCGAGCUCCGGACCGGCUCCGAGCUCCGGACCGGCUCUGAGUUCCAGACAGUCUCCGAGCACCGGACCGGCUCCGAGCACCGGACCGGCUCUGAGCUCCAGACCGGCUCCGAGUUCUGGACCGGCUCUGAGCACCGGACCGGCUCCACCUUCUGAGCUGGCUUUGUGCUCGUUCUGCCAGCACAACGGGGAGUCCCCGGGCGUGUACCGGAGCCACAGCCUGCGGGACGCGCAGGGCCGCCUGCAGUGCCCGGUGCUCCGCAGCUACGUCUGCCCGCAGUGCGGGGCCACGCAGGACCAGGCCCACACCCGUCGCUUCUGUCCCCGCACACACCGAGGCUACACCUCCGUCUAUUCCCGCCCGCUGCGCUCCAGCAGCGCCGGGAGGAGGCAGAAGAACAGCUGGAUGUAGCUGAUGAGGAUGGAGAUGGAGGAUCCCGCGUCCCCCUGCAGGGACUUCCUCAGUGACCAGGGCUCGGUGCUUCCCGCUGGGACCGGCCUGCGCGGUUUGUGACGCUGCUGUGCCACCUCCUGACACCGUGGGACCCUGCAAGAGCCGCUCCAGACAGAUCUGGGUGCUCUGCCAGUGGGGCCAGUUCAGUGUUUUCUGUUAGGUUUGAGUUCUGAGUUAGGCUGGGAAGGAGCCGGUGCUCGAGGUGCUCCAGCCAGAUCUGGGUGCUCUGCCAGUUCAGUUCAGUUCUGUGUUUUGUGUUAGGUUUGAGUUCUGAGUUAGGCUGGGAAGGAGCCGGUGCUCGAGGUGCUCCAGACAGAUCUGGGUGCUCUGCCAGCAGGGCCAGUUCAGUGUUUUGUGUUAGGUUUGAGUUCUGAGUUAGGCUGGGAAGGAGCUGGUGCUUCAGGUGCUGGAGCCAGAUCUGGGUGCUCUGCCAAUUCAGUUCAGUUCAGUGUUUUGUGUUCAGUUUGAGUCCUGAGUUCUGAGUUAGGCUGGGAAGGAGCCGGUGCUUCAGGUGCUGGAGCCAGAUCUGGGUGCUCUGCCAGCAGGGCCAGUUCAGUUCAGUGUUUUCUGUUAGGUUUGAGUCCUGAGUUCUGAGUUAGGCUGGGAAGGAGCCGGUGCUCGAGGUGCUGGAGCCAGAUCUGGGCACUCUGCCAGUUCAGUUCAGUUCAGUGUUUUCUGUUAGGUUUGAGUCCUGAGUUCUGAGUUAGGCUGGGAAGGAGCCGGUGCUCGAGGUGCUCCAGACAGAUUUGGGUGCUCUGCCAGUUCAGUUCAGUGUUUUGUGUUAGGUUUGAGUUCUGAGUUAGGCUGGGAAGGAGCCGGUGCUCCAGGUGCUGGAGCUGUCACCCGAUAUUCUGGGUUGGAUUGUUGAGUUUUGGACAAUCCCAGGUCAGGAAGGGACUGGGAGGGUGCUGGUGCUCCAAGUGUUGGAGCCUUUAUCGCAGCACCGCAGCUGUUGCUCAGUGUUUUGGGUGGGCUUGGUGGGAUUUGUUCACCCAUGACGGUGGGAAGAGCCCAAUAGUCAGCACUGGAACCGUUCUCCAGGUGAAGGGUGGUUUAUUCCCACUGUUUCCAUCAAUAAAUUGUUGUCCUACAACAGUUCCUGAUGCCCCUACCCCUCUUUCCAGCGGCUUCCGCCGGGCACUGGCCUCCGGCCCCGCCGUGGCUUUGGCCUCCGGAGCAGCUCCAGUCCCCGGUGGGCACCCAUGGCCAGGCGGCUGUGGGGGGACACAGGGGUCACCCACAGCUGCUGGACCCCCCACCCCAAGGAAAUGAACACGGAUUUAGGACUCACUUGAGGUCGGAGAGUUCCCGGAUCAGCCCGCGGAUGACAUCGCUGGCGUCUGCCGGCUCCGGGGCUCUGCUGGGAGAAGGAGAAUCAGCACCUUCCCCCUCCCCACGUCAGGAAUUUCAGUCAAAAUCA